AUGAACGGAAGUCUUACAGGCUUGGAACGACAUGGGGUGAGGGUUGUGUCUAUCAGAGCCUUCACAGUUCACACACAGACGAGGGAAUCCCCGUGGUGUUUAUCGCGCCAGUCAGCCCUGCAGACUCCUGCAGUCUCCUCCUCUCAUUUGUUGAUCUGCAAUGCAGUGCCAGGCUUCCCCAGCUCUCUCUCCCUCCCUCUAGCAUGGGCAUCCUCUGCAGUAUGUGCGGUAAUAUCCUCUUGGUGUGUUUCGUCUCCCACCGGGGUCUUUACAAUCUCAUACAAGCGCAUCUUGAGCAGCACCAUAGCGCCCCUCACAGAGCAGAAGAGACACUGCACGGUUUCCCAAGGGGACGCUACUGAGAAGCUGGCUCACCAAGUCCCGACCAAGACUGCUGCUGCUCAUUGCCGGCUUGAAGAGGCCUCAGGUCACCCUCAUGCGGAGGAAAAGGAUGAAACGCACGAAAGUAGCAAAGGCCACGUAAGCGAACCUGCAGUCGUAUGCCACAUUUCACUUGAGUCACUGAAACAGAGAGAAGCUCCGCCUGCUGCCAACAUGAACGCAGAUCAAGACACAGACAAACCAUCUUACCCAUCUCAACCAAACAUACGAACUAAAUGCCAUAGCAAAAGUAGAAGAGCUUCAGAGUUUGUUGUGAAAAUGAGGGAUCUUCCACAAAGAUCCAGACCCCCCGACUAAAAUCUGGAGCCUCACACUGACAUUUGUUCAUCUUUCUCUCAAAUACACAUCUGUCAUGGUUCAGUACACCACACUGCGUGUGACAGUACAUUAUUGCUAUUGCUAUUGCUCUUUUAAGUGCCUUUGGUUGACAGUGCUUUCCUUUCCUGUGUUCUCUGGUUCUCAGGAUUUCAGGGAUUUUUAUUUUUCCUAAUGGUGUG